GGGGUUCCGCGCUGGCUCGUGGAAGGCACACGCUUCAUCCCUCUCUCUUUCUCUCUCCCAAAACGAGUCUUUGGAUUUGGAUUAGAUUCAGAUUGUGGCCGUGGCAGCCAGCAGCAAUAUCUCUAAACUCGAAAAAUGGAUCAGCGAAAGCUACGAGACUCGUCCAAUUCGAAACCCGCUUCAGAUGCAGCACCCCAACACGUCACUCUCACCUCUAACCGCUUCCGCAACUCUCAAGCUGCUGUGAGGGAGAGAGAGAAAGAGAAGGGUGAAGGGGAAAACGAGGAUCCAAGUGCGGCACGAAAGGUUCUAAAGGCAGACCGCGAGAAGCUCAGAAGGGAUCGACUCAACGAACACUUCCAAGAGUUGGGAAACGCGUUAGAUCCUGAUAGACCAAAGAAUGACAAGGCAACUAUCCUCACUGAGACCGUCCAAAUGCUAAAGGACUUAACCGCUGAAGUUAAUAGGCUUAAAACAGAGCAUAAAACACUUUCUGAAGAGUCACGCGAACUAAUGCAAGAAAAGAAUGAACUCAGAGAAGAGAAGACAUCUCUUAAAUCUGAUAUAGAAAAUCUUAAUGUGCAGUAUCAGCAGAGAGUCAGAAUCAUGUUCCCAUGGAGUGCAAUUGACCCUUCGGCUGUCAUUAGUCAACCUUACUCAUAUCCAGUUCCCAUACAUAUCCCUUCUGCUCCAAUCUCCAUCCACCCAUCUCUUCAACCUUUUCCUUUCUUUGGAAAUCAAAACCCUGGCCACAUUCCUAAUCCUUGUUCAAUGUAUGUCCCAUAUACUACUCCAACUAGCCACCCCCCAGUUGAGCCGCCAUCAAUGAUGUAUGCUUCCACGUCCCACGCAUCGAACCAAAAAGAAUCCGGUAGCAAGUCACCAGGUCAUAGAAGGUCCAGUGGCGCUGAAAGAAGUAGCGAGACUGACGAUGUGGUCACAGAGCUUGAACUUAAGAUGCCUGGAUCAUCAUCAACACAACAGGGUUGCACUUCUGGAGGAAGGAAGGGCAAGAUGAAGGAUAGAACCAUCAUAGGUGGGAGUGCUUCAAGCCAGUAUUCUUCAUCUCUAGGACUUCAAGAUAGCUCCAACAGCGUGGGUGACAUCCCGAAGACUGAUAAUUGAUAUUGUAUAUGGAUUUUUGUACCAUUUAACCACUUCAUGCAGGUCAUAAAUCUAUAGCAGUUUCGAAUUGAUACUCAUUCCUUGGUAUAAGUAUAAUUUAGCAAUAGAUUCUAUCAUUUCUAAACCAAAUUGAUGACCUAUGGAGCAGUUCUUACCCUGACAACAGAAAAAGCAGAUAUUCCUAAGUUAAACUUCUACAGCUACAGCAUCGUAACCCCUAUGUCGGUUGCAAUUUGCAAACUAAUAACCCACCUUUGAGCAAUUUGAGUGCUUAAGAACCUCUUACACAGUGUAAAUAUAAAUAUUGAUUAGCAUGUGAUAUACUUAAUGCAAAACUUGGUGAAUUGUUCUA